AUGGGGAGGUGUACAGGCAAGAACUGCCGCCUGAUCUUCAUGUUGGUGAUAACCGCCGGCUUCUUCGUGGUGGAGCUGGUGUCGGGGCACAUGGGCAACUCCAUAGCACUGGUGUCGGACUCCUUCAACAUGCUGUCCGACCUAAUCUCCCUGGUCAUCGGGCUGACGGCGGCCAACGUGUCGAAAAUUCAGAGGCACCACCGGAACACCUACGGCUUUGUCAGGGCCGAGGUGGUCGGCGCGCUGGCCAACGCCGUCUUCCUCGCAGCGCUGACUUUCACCAUCUUCGCCGAGGCGAUCAUCAGGUUGAUCAGACCGCAGAGAAUAGACGGCGUGGAGCUGGUGCUGAUCGUGGGAGCUCUCGGACUGGCGGUGAACAUCAUCGGUCUGAUCCUCUUCCAAGACUGUUGCUUCAAGAAAAAAAUCUCGAACAGUCCUACAGGUUACUUGGCAACCGGCAUAGGAGAACAAAGAGAAGACAAAGCGCCAACAACUGCAUCGGCUUUAAAUAUUCGGGGUGUGCUUCUACAUGUAAUGGGCGAUGCAUUAGGCUCUGUUGUGGUGGUCGUUGCUGCUACUAUCUUCUAUCUACUUCCACUUGAUGAAAAUGAAAUCUGUAACUGGGAAUGCUAUGUAGACCCAAGUCUGACAAUCAUCAUGGUUAUAAUAAUUCUAUCAUCUGCUUUCCCACUCAUAAAAGAAACAGCAAUUAUUCUGCUCCAGAUGGUACCCAAAGGGAUCAAACUUCACGAUUUGGAUGAAAAAUUAUGUUCAAUUGAUGGAGUACAUGGGAUCCAUGAACUCCAUAUAUGGGAGUUGGCUGGAGGUAAGAAUAUUGCUUCACUUCAUGUGAAAUACCUGGAUCCAUCCAGCUAUAAAACGGCAGCAUUACAGAUACGUGAGAUCUUCCACAAUGCAGGAAUUCACUCUGUCACCAUCCAGGCAGAGUUUUUUGAUGGAGUGACUGAAUCCGUCCUAAUGUGCAGCUCCCCUUGUAUAUUAAAGGAAUGUGAGAAUAAAAUGUGCUGCAUCCCACCGAAAGACUACGACCUUAAUGCAGAGGGCUACAUAGAGAUGCGUGACAAUCCUCCAGGGGCCUCAUGCAAUGGCCACACGAGUAACAAUGCAGCAGAAGAUAAUGCAGAAGAACGUUCCAUUCUUCCACCUUACAAUCUGAUAGCAAAAGACAUUCAGGAAGGAAAAAAGGAAGCCACAAAUGGGCUAUUGCAUUUGCACAGUACGUCAAUAUGA